AUGGACUUCCAGCUGCUGCAGACCAAGGUCCAGCACGAGAUGAUCCAUAUGGAGGCGCAUGCUGCCUCCGCCAUUCCGAAAAAGGUCGUGUCGGGAGAGGGAGGCGUUUGCUGGUCAGAGGAGGAUUGCUGCUCUGAGGAUGCGGAUGAGGCAUACUGCCCAUUGUUCUGCAAAGCCGGCACCGAGAUUGACACGCACAAUGCGAAAGGAUGGGAGGUGAAAGGCCAGUGCAUGAAGAAGUGGCCUGGCUACUGCCGGGAGGAUGAGCAGUGCAAGACCAUCAGCCAUGCCAAGGGGGAAAGUGGAGAACCCACCUAUAUUGGGAACUCCAUCUGCUUCCGUUCCGCCGGAUCGCUGGACGGCACCUGCAGGAAUGACACCCUCUGUGAAACGAUGUCGUGUGGCCGCGGGACCUGUCGCUGGGGAAAGUGCACCUGCGAUUUCGGUGUUGGUGGAGACCUCUGCGACAAAUCGACUGAGGCGUUCGCUUUCCUCUUCUACGGGAACAGCUCUGAGAACCUGAUCUCAGUGCGAGUUCUUGUGAAGUCGAUGAGAGCAGCUGGGGCAAACCAGGACAUCCUGGCGAUCGUGCCCAAGAACAUGGUCGACAAGACUCCAAAGCAGCAUCUGGAGAUCCUGGUGCGGGAUGGGGUCAAGAUUUAUUACACGGACCCCAUCCCCAUGCCUGCGGUGAUGGAUUCGGACCCCGUAAUUCACCAGCGGUGGAGCGGCGUCAUGAACAAGUUCGCAGUUUGGCGAAUGACGGAGUACUCUCAGGUGGCGUUGAUGGACACAGACAUGGUGUUCGAUGUCGACGCAGAAAGUCCCGGGAAAAUUUUCUCGGAAUGCAGCGCUCCGAUCUGCGCAGUGCGCGAUGGCGACUCGCGGUUCAUGAAUGCAGGUGUCAUGGUGGUCACUCCUUCGUCUCAACGCUUGGCUCACAUCCUGCAGGUUCUGGCAGACGAGCAGCAUCACUUCGCCAUGCCGGAGCAGUCUUUCCUGACCCAGUACUGCAAGAACAAAAAGUUCAAGAUGAAGCUGCAGUUCUUGGACAAGAAGUGGAACUCUUGUGUGGGCGGCGGCAUGCUGCACAACAUUGGCUGGGAAUCUACAGGUUACAACGUGCUGCACUCCUGUUCGUGGACUGGCAAGCCUCCGAACAUGAAAAUGUGCUUCCCAGGGAAGUGCAGCAGCAACGAGGAGUGGCACACAGUCCUCGUUUGGCAGUUCUACCACAUGCAGGUGGACAGCUGCAUCCGCCAUGAAGAUGCCAAUGCUUGCAACGGGCAUCGAAACCAGUGCCAAUGGUGCGGCAAGUAUUGCGGCACCAACGAGAUCGCAUGUAACAAGAAGCUCUUCAAUCAGACCUACAUCAAGGACAAAGACGAGCCAGACAUCCAGGAAGCCUCCCGUCUCGGAGCGCUUACCCGCAGCGUGUGGGACAUGCCAGACAACACCUCCCAGCAGGAGUGGAACAACCUCCCGACUGGCUCUUGGGCUUGGCCGCAGGUGGCAAUGUAUCAGAUCCUUAUCGAUCGGUUUGCUACGACGAAGCCGAAGCACUGCGAGAAGUUGAACGAGUAUUGCGGUGGCAGCAUCCCGGGCAUCAUGGACAAAGUGAGCUAUCUUGAGGAGCUGGGUGUCGACGGCAUCGUCCUUUCCCCGAUCGUAGACCAGAUGCCGCAUGGAUACCAUGGCUACUGGACGAAAGAUCUCACGAAGGUGAAUCCUGCUUACGGAACCGAGGAAGAUGUGCGAGAGAUGGUCAUCCUGCUUCAUGAGCGGAAGAUGAAGGUCAUCGUCGAUGUGAACAUGAACCACGCUGGGUCCCAGAAGAUCAAUGCCAGCAAUCCGCGAGAUGUGUCCUUGCUGAAACCCUUCGACAAGCCUGAGCACUAUCACUCGGACAACUGCAGCCUCAUCCACGACUCCGACUACGAGCGUGGCUCCUAUUUCUUGGAGCACUGCAAGCUCUAUGGGCUGCCGGAUUUCAAUCACGAGAACCCCGUCGUGUGGCAGGGCUUGAUGCAGUGGGUGCGAGAUCAUGUGGACAAGUACGGGUUCGACGGUAUUCGCGUGGAUGCUGCAAGACACAUCAACAGGAAUUUCUUGAACCACAUCCCGGAGACUGGUCCACCCAUUCCCGCGUACUACGAGGUGGUGAACACGGACAUGGCUUACGUUUCUGCCUAUGCUACUGGGGACUACGGUGCCGUUUACAACUAUCCUCUGUACUUCGUGCUGAAGGACAUCUUUGUUCCUGGACCAAAGCAGAAGCCAAUGUCUGCUCUGGGCGAUUGGAUUGUCAAGCAGUCGCCCAAGGCCCAGGGCCGACUGAUGCUGAACUUCCUGGACAACAAUGACCUGCCUCGCUUUUUGUACCGGAUCGGCGAGGGUGGCGGCGUGGCCGAGGCAACCAUGGUGGCGCUGUACCACAACGCUUUGCUGGCUAUGAUGGGAAUGGAGGGCUUGCCAGCGAUUCUCUUCGGCUCGGAGCAGAAUGCUCGUGGUCGUCUCAACUAUUCAGAUCCGCUGAAGGUGGACAACUGGAGGCAGCCCUUGUGGCAUCACGGCUACAACACGUCAACGUCGACCUACCAGCUCAUCAAGAAGGUGCUGUGGGUCCGGCAGCGCACGAAUGGACUGCAUGCCUUCAAGUCCAUUCCCGUGUACAUGGACCACCAGGUCUUGGUGUGGGCUCGGGGUCCGGCCAUUUUUGCCGUGAGCAACGCAGGACAGCCGAGCAAGAUCCCCUCGCAACGUGUCCUUUGGGACAAUGCCACGGCUGGGCUGGGCCCCUAUGGAACACCAUCCCUUGUGUGCAACAUCCUGGAUGAGUAUCCUCUCAAGGACUGCGGUGUGCUGGUUCCCGGCAACAUCUCUAGGCUGCAUCUCACAUCUGAUCCAAAGCUCUAUGUACCAAAAGAGUACAUCACUGAGUAUCUCUCAUUCUUAAAGAUUCGCAAGAAAGAAGGUGACAGAGUUUCUGAAGAAACAAAGCAUGAUCCAGCAGUGCUGCCUUUUACGAUGUGGAAGGCGAUGCCGGAGCCUCCCAAGAUUCAGAUCCAGGCUCAGAAGCGACUGCCGCGCUCAUGGAGACCUGGAACAGUGACUUUGAAUGGAAACCCGUCCUGGGUAUGGCACACAUUUCCCCAGCUGCCGUCUGGAGCUCGGUU